UCUCGAUUUGGCCACACUGAUUGCCACACGAAAGUCGAACAACUAAAAGAAAACUAUUUUGGACAAAUGGGAGGAUCUAGCUACGAUGUGCUCCGGAAGCAGGCGAGGAGUCUGGAGAACGAGAUCGACCUAAAGCUGGUGGCAUUCAGUAAAAUCGGAGCAGGCAGCGGAGGAGGAGGAGGAAGUGGCGGAAUAGGAGGCGUUGACACAUCGCCGCUCCUGGGCGAACACGUCUUCGAUUCACUGUCGGAGGAGAUCGAGCAGAUGCUGGAGAAGUUAUCUUCCCUAAAUGAGUCCAUGUCAGACUUGCCCGCUUCGGGAGCUGCCGCAAUGCACACACUGCAGAGGCAUAGAGAAAUCCUGCAGGGUUAUCGGCAAGAGUUCAACAAGAUUUGCGCCAACCACACGAUGCGAAUUGAGCGAGAAGAACUCCUCCGAGGCUCUGGCUUGGCUACGAGUUCUGGUAGUCCUUCCAUUUCCGGCCUGAGCCGCCGUGAGAUGUACCUCAAAGAGAGCGGACACCUCAGCAGCGCCAGUCACCUGGUCAACGAUCAGAUAAACAUAGCCAUUGAGACACGAGACCAUCUACAUGCUCAGCGACAGGCCUUUAAGCGGCUGCAGACGCGCUUUAACGAUAUCUCUAAUCGAUUCCCACUGAUUUCCAGUCUCAUUCAGCGCAUCAAUAUCAAAAAACGACGCGAUUCCCUGAUCCUAGGAGCAGUUAUUGGCUUCUGCGUGAUUUUGCUGCUGCUCUACGCCUUCAACUAGCGGCAUGUCCUUCUAAUUUGGCCAAAGAUAGAGCUUGCAUUGAACUCCAAUACAGACAACUGCAAUUUUCGUUUUGUUUUCUUUGAUGGUAUAUGUGUAUGAUUAACUUGUGAUAGCAAUAAAAUUUACUAUAUAAGACGA